AUGGAUGUGCGUUACAAAUGUAUACACACUAACAUCUCUGACCACUUCGUUGAAUGUAACAAUGGUUGUGACACUGCGCAAGUUUUUAUCAAUGGUUCUGUCUAUUUUAAUUUUCAAAAAUCCUUUUACAAUUCUGCAUUGUCUUGGCUUCAUGUCUGUGAUGUUCGGAAGUUUAGCAUUUACCGUUGUUGAUCUCAACUCGUUUCCUCCGUUUACCAAAAAAAACUUGUAAAA